AUGGGGCCCAGAUGUCUUUUCUGGACAGCCACAGUUCAGGAUGUCUCUCGGUUCUGCGGCCAGAACUACGAGCGUAUGGAAAACCGCGGACUCAAUGUCUUUGGCGAUACAGCACAUCCUUUCAAGAAGUGUUCUUCCGGGUAUAGCAACCCCAGUGGCACAGAGCUGUGUAGCCUCCGUAGCAGAGCAGACACAAGUCCCACAUGCAUGGAGAGCCAUGGUAGAACCCAGAAGCAAUGGAGAAAGAAGCCCAUCCCUCCCGGGGAUGUCUGCCCUUUGAGAGUUGAAGAAGCAGGAGUCUCUAGCACCCCAGGGCAGACAACCAAGGAUGAGGUCUCCAGGCCAGCCUUUGCCCCGCCCUCAGUGCUGUCCCCGCCCAUCUUGGCAGUGGUCCCUUUUGCAGACCUCAGUACCUCAGCACACUGGUCCUCUCCAGGCACCCGGGAGAACUUGAGGGUCUGGUACGUUCUGGAGGAACUGACUACGCUGCUGGGUCCUGAGCCUGGGCCUGGCGGGAGCAUGGCUUAUGGUACCACAUGACACCUGGCUGCAAGAUACUUUGCCUACUCACUGCGGCCCACCCGCUCACCGAGAGCCCUGAUAGAGAUGGUGGUAGCGAGGGAGCCGGCUGCUACUCUGGGACAGCUUGGCGUACACCUGGCUCAGCUAGGACGGCCAGAUGUACUGCAAGUGCUCUCCCAGCUUGGCUAA